AUGAGAUGGCCUCUUCGCGGCCUCGUGCUUGCAGCAACCCUCCUUGUUACAGUUACGUUUCUCUACUUGCCUCAACGGAGACAGCCGCUGGUCCACACGGGCGUCCAAAAAUAUUUCACAUGGGAUAACCCGGACUUCGCAUACUUCAAUAAUCAGUUAAUUCUUCACCUCGCAUCAGCAGUUCACAACCCUCUCCCAGCCCGAAGAUUGUUAUCACCAGGCAUCACCUGUCCAGCGGUACGAGGUGUUGCUACAUCGCAACUAAUACCGGUCACCCAUGUUUUUAAUGCAGCGGGACUCGAGAAAUUGGGAUACGACACGAGGCCUCAACUUGCUAGCAGUCUACAAAACGCAUCGACUUUAGUGGUGGAUUUCACGAGCGAAAUCACCGAAACGCCAGAACAAGUUGUCCGCAUUACCGCGCCAAGCGAAUCAUAUUGGCAACAUUCUGCAUUCAGCUUUGUACGGGACUCAUUCAUCCUUCCUCUUCGAGCCGGGCCAUGGAGAAAAGCCGCGCGCUUAUUCACACUUUCAGAUCCUCUCGAUGCCUGCGUGAGGGAUAUGCUACCCGACAUCCUUCACCACGCAGUUGCAUUGCAUAUUCGAACUUGGCCAUCCGACCUCUCCUUUGGCCAGAAGGACCCUUGCCAUCAGAAUGAAAUCCCCGUCCUCCGCAAUGUAUUCGGCAAAUGUGACUGGACGGGUUCCUACCUUUAUGACAAUGUUAAACGCAUGCAGUUAAACCCGGACCAGCCUGUGGUUAUUGCGACCGAUGACCGUGAAGGUGAAGUUGUCCGCGACCUUGUAAAAUUGCUCGAUGGGCGAGCUCAUUUCAUGGAAAUGACCCACAAAUGCAAGGAGGCUAUUAGGACGGCACAUCCGGAGGAGGAGCAUGAGUGGCGCCUCGCUGCGUACUGGCCGAUUAUUGAAGCAACAGCUCUGACACGAGCUGAGUCCUUCAUAGGAUCCUUCUGGUCGACCCUUUCGCAACUUGUCGCCAUCCGUCGACCUACCGAACGAACUUUCUUUUUCCAAACUCGUUGGCAAGCGUUGGUUUGGGAUUCUCGAGUGGCGCUUGGUGUGCUUGUAAUCCUCGGGAUAACAUACAUGGGAUACACAUGUUCCCGCCGUGCUCUGGCAAGCCGACGGAAGCGUAUGGCAGCUGCUAAGAAGCCUGAGUUUAUUGCUUCUCCAUAG